UUUUCACAUAUGUUUUAAGAUUUUAAAAAUUUUAAAAAGUACGGUAGAAUGCAACAAUGUGGUUGAAUUUGUUUGCAUCUUCGUCAGCUUAUUCGUUUGCAGACUAGAAAAAUGGCGAACAGCCAUCAAAAUACUUAUUCAAAAUACACAAAAAUGGGUGCGCGCAGCAAAAUUCAGCCCUAAUGGCGAAUGUAUGCGAACGUUCACCGGGGGAAGAGGUAUGGGACGACAGCUGGCAUGGCAUCCAGACGGCAAUCUGGUGGCUUUAGCAUUAAGUUGUAACCGCGUUAAGAUAUUUGACAAAGCUGAAGGCGAGCUAAUACAGUGCAUUCGUCGCCGGAGAAUGAUGUUGCAUUUCACCCAAGUGGAAAUUUCUUGGUGACUGGCGGCGAUGACGAUACAAUAAGAUUGCUUGAUUUAUUAGAAGGUCGGCCAAUUUAUACACGGUAGUAGGGCACUUUAGCGGAACCAGGUCAAAAUGGACGGGAAAAUUAUACACUAACUGGCUACUAAGUUUGCGCUGUCGCUUUCUCUCCACAUGGUAGACAUUUUGCUUCCGCGGGCGAGAAUCGACAGUUGCUCGUUUGGAAAUCUAAUUUGCAUACAUUUGAUGCCAAUAGCUCUCGUAACAAACAAGCCAGUUCUCAAAGAGUCCAAAUUGAGUAGUCAUGGAACAGCUCCACAUAACUCCGCCAUAGACACACCAGUUGCUGGAGUACCAAAAAGCUGUGAUGACAGUAUUUUAAUUGAUCCACGACAAUCGGUGGCAUAUGGAAUGCGUGAUGGAAAUUUUCUGGUGCUUGAUAGCCAAUAUACUACAAGAGUGAAACGCUACAAUUACAUUAAGAAGCUCAUAGAGGACAGAGCGGUUGGUGAGGAAGGUGUCGAGUUACUGCUGUACUGCAACUGGGAAAAUCCGCAUUUCGCACGUGCUCCACUCGUAUGGAAUAGUAGCUUAUGUCGAAAGGCUGGUUUUAGUAUAAUGCGGCAUUCGCAGCAUACCCUCACUGGCGCCGAGCCGUUGAAGAAAUUUUGGAUAAAUAAACGUGCAAGAAAUAGUUCCGAUACUAGCACGUCCAUAUUCUUGUUAAGGGUCAUCAAAAAAUUCCUUGUGUUGUAAAUAAUAAAGGGAAUGCCGGAUUAUACUAAAGCCAGCUUCCCGACAUAAACUACUAUUCCAUACGAACACAGAAAUAUAAAUGUAUCUAAAACUGAAUAACUCAAAUCAAAUUGGAUUGCAUUUGCAUAAUAUACCUAAUAUUGGAAUCUGUUUUGAUCGUAAAAAAUACAACUUGCAAUCAUUUAGAUUAUAGUUUUGAAAGAAAUUGAUUGCAAUCGUAAAUUAUGUAAAAAUUGUCAAUAACAAUCUGCCUAAAAUUUCUUUUCCCCAUGUAACGGUUAUAAAAUACGUUAAAUCCGCACUAUCUGCAUUAACAAAAAAUAUACAUUGGAAUAUUUAAAAUAAACCGAUUCAUAUUUAUUUUCUAAUAA